AUCAAAUUACAGUUUUUACCCCGUUGUUCAGCUGGAAGCAGUCCUGAGUGUUAAACUUGCUGCCUUUUCCAGAAACAAUAUUUUUCUCUGAAGAAAAAGUUUUUACUGCAACUUCAUCACUGAAAGCUGGAAAAAGAUGCUGCCCAUCAUAGUUAUGGUUGCAUGGAUCUAUGUUUUCGACUGCCUGCCUUUGACCAUACAGGUCCUUUGUUUUGUGGGCUGUGUGGCAAGAAGGAAUCAGGUCCCUGUCAUCUAUUACAUAAACCUCAUCCUCUCCAAUGUGAUCAAGAUUUGCGCCUUCAACAUGACAAAAGCAAAACCAAAUGACCGCACAGUCUCCAGCAUUGCUUCAGUUAUUUACCUGUUGAGUGUGAUGGCCAGUCUUUACUUCAAGACGUGCAUUGCUCUGGAAAGGUAUUUUUUCAUCGCCUGCCCCCUGCUGGACUUCAUCAGAAAAACUAAGACUUCUGUGCUGGUCUGUCUUCUGGUCUGGACCCUUUGUGUUUUCAGUUGCCCUCUUGAAGUAUUAUUACAGCAGUCUGAACGCAUCUUUAUUUUUGCCUUGUUUCCUGCUCCCUUGUUCAUCUGCUGUCUAGCUGGGACUCUCAGAUCUCUGCCUGAUGCCACCUCAGUGCCCAGUGAGGAGAAACAAAGAAUUAUAGGAACUUUGGUCCUGUUGUUGAUUAGCUACUGUCUGAUUAUCAUACCUACAAUCAUCCUAAUAGUUUUGGAACCAUAUCUUUUUGACAGUUACUUCAUUUCCAUCUUUUCUCUGCUCAAUUCUUUUGAGGUCUUGAUUCUGUUUGUCAUUAUGUGUAGAGGUCCAGUGGAAAAUGCGCUGGCAUGUCUGUGCUGCUGCAGCAGAUCCAGCAAAAGAUCAUCAGUGUGAGUGAUGGCAGCACACACAAGUGGGUUCAUGUCAGCCAGGAAAGGAAAAGAGAAUAAGAGGAGAACACAGCAGGAGAGAGGCUGAGAAAGCAAGCAAACAAUCUAUUUCACUAGAAGUGAACAAGAACCCUCAUUCACUAAAGUGUGUAUGGAACAUAAAAUUUGUGUGUAAAAUCAUUGUCAGAUUUAGGAAAUGUGUUCACUAUUGUCCAUAUGUUAGUAAAUUAGACUCAUUCUAAAUGAACGAGCUUGGCUGCAGUGCUGCCUGCCCCUAUUUUUCUAUUUAAGGAAGACAUUUACCCAGAGGUGAAAUUGACAAAAAAAAAAAAAAAAUGAGCAAAAAAAAAAAUGGAAUUAGCUUAAAAUUCCAAAGGACAGUUGUGUUGCCACUGCUGGUAACACUAGGGGAAUUGGAUCAAAAACAUUAAUCGGAGCAUCCAGAGCAGUGACCCUGAAACUGGGGGCGUGCCUCCAGCAGAUCCCAGGAACAACAUCUCUCUAGGAACAGCAAAGAUACUGCACAGGACCCUCAGUCUAGAAGGAUAAAGACGGGCCAGUGGGGAUUCGGUUUUUUCAAUUUCAGUUUCAAAUUUUAUUAAUUGUUUUCUCACAUUAACAUUUGUAUUUACUCUGAUCUAUUGAGUUAUGAAACAGUAUUGUGUAUUACUAAAAAUAUAUUUAAUAUAUAGCAGGGGUGUCAAACUCCAGUCUGCAAGAACUUGACUGCAUGAUGAGGUGGCAAC